GCAGGAAGACUCGCACGUAUAUCCUGGACUACCUCAAGAGUUUAACAACAUAUUAUCUCAUAUUCAUCGAUGUCAUAUGUGUCGCUGCACGGCUCGUGAUCGAUGGGAUGCAGGAAAAGCUGUGCAUUAGUCCGCGUUGUGGCACAAUGAGUCUCUGUUAGAAAUCAAAAGUGAAAGUGUGGAGGUGCUUCUGUGAUCUGCGCAGUAAUUUCAGUUUAUCUUGUUGUGUUAACGCUGAACAUUGUCUACAACACUUAAAACACGAAAACUAGACUCCAUGAUGCUGAUUGAAGUAAUUUUCUUUGGAUACUUUGUGACGUGCGUUUAUGCUAAUGGCGUUGCAGAUGUGGUACUGUCCUGCAGCCUGGUGGAGGAGGGAGUCGGAAUGGGUGGAAUGGGAGGAGGCUCUCUGUUCACACGGACUCCGGCCACUCUCGUCUUAAGAGACAUUGCAGUGGCUCCCGACGAAUCACUCGAAUCCCUCACUCCGUUUGUCCCGCCUUCGAUCCCUGACCCAGAUGCCAUCCUGUUUGAAGUCAAAGUCUCAUCACCUGAGAUCCCCAAUGCAGACGUGUUGCUCCACGCCGACUGCAAUGAGCAGGAGGUGAUGUGUGAAAUAAGCCGUUAUUCCCCUCAUGGAUCCCAGGACAGUUCAGACCCUGCUUAUUUCAUGGUUUCCCUGAAUGUGGAGGGAGUUGAGUUCAGCACUGCGCUGAUUCUGAGGACUUUGACGGUUGCGAGGGACCAGUCGACCCUCAUACAAAACAAACUGGGUCUGCCUCUUAGCCAGUCGGGGACUCUUCUGACUGAGGUAUUAUUCCUGGUGUUUUCCCACAUUAAGUCUGUGACUGCACCUCUGAGAGGUGAUGUUCUCCUCAACUGUGGCUUCAAGCAGCAGGAGAUACCUUUAGCACAGGAGGUGGGCAUUGAAUGGCGACUGCAGCACCGAGGCAAAGGGCGAAAAGUGCUUGAAAUGAAGACGAGGCUAGACGAUGCAGAAGGGAGCACAGUGGUGCAUGAGGAAAGGAACGGCUCAAGCAUGGAUGCUGCCCGGGUCGUGAGUGAGGGUGAUGCCUCUGUGACUCUGACCAAGCUGAAGGUUUUUGAUGAGGGGACGUACAUCUGUACUGUCAGUUUAGGACCUUUCCACGCCCAGCAGAUCAUUCAACUCCGCAUAAAUCAACCGCCACACGUUUUACUCUCAGAGGAGAAGUUGGUUCUGAAGUCGAGCUCACGUCAGACACUGAGCUGCCACUGCACGAAAUACUAUCCACUGGAUGCUCAGAUGGAGUGGUUGUCCCUCUCUCCGACAGACACAGAGCCUACCCUGUUGCCAAAUCAGGGCUCUCUAUCCAGCCAUCGGCAGCAUGGUGAUGGGACUUAUUCCCUGUCAUCUCAGCUCACUGUGCCCUCAAGUGUCUCCCCUGGGACCAAAAUCAUAUGCAGCGUGUCCCAUGUGGCCCUGGACACUCCCCUGUCUGUCAGCCUGGUGGUAGAAAGUCCUGAACCAGAUUCCUAUUGGUGGGUUCUGGGUUUCCUGAUCAUCACUGUGCUUUUCUUCUACCAGGUCAUGAGAUAAGUUAGAAGGAGAUAUUCCUGCAGACUGUCCUGACUGGAAACUGAGCUCAGAAAAAACACACUUAAUGUAAUUCAUGAGUCUGUAAGUUAUGAGUCCUCACUGGUUAUUUUUAUUCUUCCUGCCUUUAACUGAACUGAAAAAAAAAAUCACAAAUUUGAGGGGAAACUACUGUAUUUGAAUAUUUGGGGGUGUCAUUUCAAAUGCCUUAUGAACUUGUUGGGAUUUAUUGGUUUAUUUACUUACUCAAGUUGCACUAAUCAGGUUCGGAGCUUGAAUUUACGUAGCCUGCAAAAUAUUGAAUGCUAAGCAUUUGCCAUAAAAUCCAUAUUUUGAAUCCCACACAAAACUUUGCAGCAAAAAACAUGAAUUGCCCACUGCAACUUUAUUAUUUCUCUAAUACUGUGUUCAUUCACUCUGCAUGCCUGUGGUGGUGUAAGAAACCUACAUUCUUACAUCAGAGUCUCAGAGGACUCAAGUUUCUUUUUUACUCUCUGAAGUUUGUAGUUAAUAAUAAUUAGGUUGAAUUGUGCACGUGUAGGCAGACGGCCUUCUCAGCUCCUCCAGGCUGUGCAUUACUGCUCACACAAAUUUAAUCAUGUGAAGAAAUAUCAAAUCCGUGGCACUAUGCAUACGGGUAUCCAAGACAUGACUUAAAAAGCAUGUGUGCAGUCAAAUAUUUAAUUAAUUUCGUUCCAUUUGUGUAAGUAUACAGAAGCCUUUUUUUGUGACGCUGUUUCCUGCCAUACCAAUUUCCAAAGUUGUAUAAAUCCUAAACAAGACGAGCAGUUUAGACUGAAGCGUGAUGAGGACAUGCAGUAAGACUUCAUGUUAUUCGUCUGAUUCAAACAGGAUUGAGUGUUUCAGGCCUUGAUUUUUAUCUUGUUCACACUGUGAAUUUUUAGCGUCUCUGUUCCACUGAUCAGUACGGUGCCAUGGACCUUUUUUCCCUUUUUCUAAAUAUGUCAGCCUGAAAUCUUGGAAAAUGCACAUAUAAUCAGGCACAGGACGGUCAAACCCAAAACUUUUUUGUAAUAGCUGCACCACUUCAUCAAAUGGAACUAUUCUGGAUAUUUGACUCAGUGUGAAUAUAUUGCGGCUCCAUCUGGAAUUAGGGAAAUCACAGGUUUUUUUUUGUUUGCAGUGUUUUCAUUGGUACAAUUUUAAAUGUUUUUGUGGCUUGUUCUUGCUUGUUUUUGUACAUGGUGUUGAUAUCGUGACUCUUCUUGUAAUUAACUUUUCAAAAUGAAGAUUUUGUGCCCCAGCAACAUUGUUUAAGUUAUUUGACAUUAUCAAUAUAAGUACAUUUGUUUAAUUUGUUGUAUUUAUAAUUUCGUUGAUCGAUGCUUUGUGGUAGACAGAUCACUGGGUUUCUCAUUUAUAAAAUGACUUCCAUCAAUAUUUGUAUACCAGACGUAUUCAACUGGCGCCCUUUACCAACCCCAUUAUGACUCUUUGAACAUUUUGUUCGCAGGCACAUUCAUUAGUUAUGUCUGUUGCGGAUCACACAAAUACUCUUACUACAGGCUGUUUAAGCAGGGGGAAUUUUAAGACUCCACACUUUACAUUCACAAAAGUCAAUUUUCUCAAAUCCAGCCCUUCUAAAAGAAUAGUUGAAUAAGCCUGGUGUGUUUUUAACAAGGUCUGAAUUGGCUCAUUGUGUCACAAGAAUAUAAUAAAGGUCAUCACUCAG